UGACGGCGAAGCCGUUUGCCGGCGACUCGGCAAGUGUACACCCGUCCCCGUCCGUGCACGCACACUUCUCCGCGAUUCGUCAACAUCUCGCCUCGCCGCGGCCGCUUUUUCUCCCCCACGGCCACCAGCCCACCGCUCCGCCGCUCAAGGUUUCGUUUCUCCAGAACCCCACGCCAUCGCGUCAAACCCGGCCGCGGAAGAAGCACCCCCACCCGGUCUCCGCUUCUCCCACACGAGUUGCUGCUUCGUCGCUCGGUGAACAAAAAGUAAACCCACACCAAGCCGCCGACCUCGCCCAGCCGAGGGAGGGAGGAAGAGGAAGAGGAAGGAGGAGCUGCCGGAGCUGGUCUUUGCUCGGGCCAGCCACGGCGGCGGCGGCGGCAUGGCGGGGCGGAUGGUGCGGAGCUGCGUGCAGACGACGCUCAAGACGGUGAACUCCGUCGUGGGGCUCGCCGGCAUGGCCGUCAUCCUCUACGCGCUCUGGAUGCUCCGCGCGUGGUACAGGGAGGUCGCCCAACUCGACCAACGCCUCCCCGCCCCCUGGUUCAUCUACACAUUUCUUGGCAUGGGGAUCUUUCUUUGCCUUCUGACUUGCUCUGGGCAUAUUGCUGCGGAAACUGCAAAUGGUCACUGCCUCUCUUGUUACAUGAUCAUCGUAUUCGUGCUUAUUAUACUGGAAGGUGCGAUCACUGUGGAUGUAUGUCUGAAUAACAACUGGGAAGAGGAUUUCCCCCCUGAUCCAUCAGGCAAGUUUGAUGAAUUCAAGGUAUUUGUGAGAUCAAAUUUUGAGAUAUGUGAAUGGGUAGGCCUCUCAGUGGUGGCUGCUCAGGUGUUAUCAAUCAUUCUUGGGAUGGUACUCAGGACCCUUGGGCCUGACCGAGAGACUGACUAUGACAGUGAUGAUGACACCACUGUGCCUGCAAGGCUGCCUCUCCUAAGAAACCAGUCCCAACAUGGUCCAGCAGACUAUGCUGAACCCAACACAUCUCGUAGGAGUGAUUCAUGGAAACUACGGAUUUUAGACAAGGUCAACAACUAAGAUUUUACUGAUGUCAUAUGGCGAACCCUUCAGGAAAGAGUUUUGCUCCGAGGGUUUCGGAAGGAUGAUAAGAGUAUACCUUUUUUUUCUUAUGGAGAGAUGAUUCUCAUGGUGGAGUAGCAGCAGCAGUGGUUAGAAUAGUUUUGAAUGGCUACUUUUGAAUGCCUUUCAAUAUGCACAGAUAUUUGAGUAGCGACUGACCCUUAUAACCCCAGCCAUGAUGGGGAAGAAUGCUGUACCGAAUGUUUCAGAAAAAGAUGAAGGCAUGACUGGUGUCUUCACUGACCAAACACAGAAAUAUUUCAUUUGUUUUUCCUUUUUUUUUA